GACGAUUGUACAGGUCUCAAUCAAAACCACACCGCCUUCCUUGCGAUAUGAAAAAUAACGAAACGGGGAGUGCUGUGUUUUGAACAACGAUCCCACCACGCACAUGGAGGCGCAACCCUCUCGUAAGCGACCGCUCUCAGACAACGACGACGGUGGAGAUGCUGAUGAAGUCAACCGAAAACCUCCGCAAAAGAAGGUGAGGUUUCCAAAGGGAAAGAAGGUGAAGCCUGGAGAUGAAGUCAUAGCAGCUGUAAAUGUUCCCCAAGUUGCUGAAGAUGAACCUACUGAGCUGAAAGAUACCCAGCUAGUUGCCAAAGCAAGGUCCAAGAGACGGAAUCAGGAUAAAAUUGGACUCAAUAAUGAUGAAACUGGAGAUCUUCUUGAUGUUGUAGCAGCUGCUGAAAUGCAUUAUAAGGAUAACGAGACACUGGAAGAUGAUGGAGUUCAGCUUGAACCUUUCAACCUUGAACAAGAAAGGAAAGAAGGCUUUUUCGAUAAAACAGGAAAUUAUGUUGAGUAUGUUACUAAUGACAUCAAGGAUGCUUGGCUUGAUAGCAUUGAUGCUGAACCAAAUCUUGCAAAAAUACACUCUAUGGAUACAGAUGAUGUGGUAGAAGCUGCUGACCUGUCAAGUCAAGAUAUUGGAAAUAUCAAGAGACGAAUUGCUGAUGUGCUUCAACCUGGGGAGACAGUGUUGCAAGCUUUAAGAAGGCUGAAAGGAAGUUCUAAUAGAAAGGAAAAGAUGUCAGCUGAAACAAAAGUUGUGUUUGAUCAACUAACUGAAGAUGCCAUGAAGCUGAUGGAGGAUGGUGACUACAAUGUGUAUGAUGAAAAACAGGAGGUCUUUCAGAGGGAAGCAGACGGAUUUGAGAAGCUAGCACGUGCUAGAGGGGAAGGCACCUCUUCUAGUUCAGGAGACAAGCAACCUAAUUCCUCUGGAAUGAGUGAUUCCGGUCUCAAUGGAAUACCUUCUGCAGAUAAUACUGCAAACAAUGAAGAUGAUUCCUUUGACAUGUUUGCUGAAGAUGAUGACAAAUCUACUGUUGAUCCAUCAGCUGGCAUUGGAUCUACAGAAAACGAUUAUGUAUUUGAUGAGUCUUCAGGUUACUACUACAGCAGCAGUUUAGGAUAUUAUUAUGACCCAUCUUCAGGACUGUAUUGCAGUGCAGCAUCUGGACAGUGGUGCUCGUAUAACCAAGAAACUGGUGCCUAUGAGGAGUUGCCAUCAGGGGAAGGCAAUGGAAAUGGAAUUGCAACAUAGUGGAAUGGAAUUGGAAUCACAGGUUUUUUUUAUUGAUUUCCCCUUUUCUUGUACAAAGUGAAGAGGAUAUAUAUUAUAUAUGUAACAUAUGCAUAUUCUUAGGCUUCUUUUCUUGUACUUGAAGUGCGACUAGUUUUGGUAAUUUAAAUCUAUAGACACAAUCUAACUCAUGACUAUAUGAUUUAUGGAUGUAAAGAGAAAAAUGUGAUGUGACAAAAAGGGCAGUUGAGUCAUAUGUGCUAUGGUUUUGAUGUGGU